UGUGCCUGUCUCCCUCUCCGCGUAGCUGCCCUCCCGGGACGCGAUGUCGCUCGCAGGCUGCGGCAGGGAUCACGCGUGCGGCCAGCGGCGCCGAGGCCGGCCCUGAGCCCGGGCACCGAGGGGCGCGACAUGCCCGCGGCCGCGGCAUGCCCUGCACCACCACCGGCACUUGCGGCACCUCCGGCACCGGCACCACGGGCACCGGCGGCACCACGGGCACCAGCGGCAGCCGCCGCCGCUCCGUCUCCUGAGGCGCUGGGGAAUAAAGCUGGCAAAGAUGAAGAAAAUUGGCUGGGCUCUCCUGGUACUCCAAGCUCUUCUGGUGCCUUUGGAUUUUGUUCGUGGAGCAGAGAAAAGUUAUCCCAUCCUGAACAUUGCAGUGAUUCUGGGAAGGACCAAGGAUAUCACAGAGAGAGAUAUCAGAGCUCUCUGGACGAGGGAAAUGUCAGCAGACCUGACUGUUGAUGUCAAUGUAGUGACCCUUCUGGUGAACCAGACUGACCCUAAAAGCAUCAUAACACAUGUUUGUGACUUGAUGUCAGGCACCAAGAUCCACGGAGUGGUUUUUGGAGAUGAUACUGAUCAGGAGGCAGUAGCUCAGAUUUUGGAUUUUAUUUCAUCUCAGACUUCUAUUCCAAUUCUUGGAAUUCAUGGCGGGGCCUCCAUGAUAAUGGCAGAUAAGGUAGGAAAAUUUAUUAAAUGCCUUUGCUAGUCUAAUGUACUUCACUAUGUUGGUCUCUAUCACAAAUAAUCGCUAGAAGCAGUUCAAAAAGGAUGCUUCUAAUUGUCUCUCUGUACUUUAAAAAAGAAAAAAAUACAUGGAGCAGUGUCCUCGUUGGUCACUCGCCAAAUAAUCUGAAAUAUUUUGGGGUUCAUGCCUGAAACUCAACUUUCUGUCCGUUGUAAAAAUAGUCCUAAUGAAAUGCUACUCUCCAGCACACUGAACGCUGAUCAGUUUAGAAUUUUUACUAGCAAAUAUGACAUAUGGUUGAAAAAACAACCUCAAAAUAGUGGGUCCAUAAAACCAUAUUGGGGAUAAGAUGUAAAAUUACAAGCAGAUAUUCUGUGGUGCUUAUAAGAAAUAGCAAGCAAUAGACCUGAAUGUGUCUGAGGACAAGAAUAGUAAUAGGACAAUCAUAUUAAGCUGGACUUUUGUGAUCUACUACAUUCUAUAAAUUAAGUAAUCUUGCAAACUUGAACCAGCUGUUAUGUUCACUAUGUUUAUUAAAUUAGAUUUUUGCUAACUGGAUAUUUCUAAUAUCCUAUUAUAGUUCAUGAAAAUCAACAAUAUUGUCUGAACUCUGGAGAUAAUGACAAAUUGUUUUGUUGGCAAACGUCUCUAUGUAAUCUGUUGUGAGACUGUGGAAUGACAAGUGUCUCAUGUACCCAGCUCCUAAACAUUGUAACCAUUAUUUAAAAAUCUCUAUUGGUACUGCAGUGUUGAUCUUGUAAAGUGAUCACUGCUGCUUCUGAAACAGGUGCUUAGCACCGCGCAGGACUAAGCUCUCUGGCAUGGACUGCUGCUUGGCCUGGAAGUCAGAGAGUAUCUCCCACCGUGGUGUAAAAGAGGAUAGACAGCUGAAGAGGGAGUUCAAGUGUGGGAAGUCACUUACUGGCUUUCCAGCACACAAGGCUUUUCAAUAUUAAUUGUAACUUAUUCCUGAUAUUUGUACCCUUUAGACUUCCUUAUUCAUUAAAUAUUGUUAUUCCUUGUAAGUGGCUUUUGAAUAGUACUUGAAUAGUAAAAAGCUCUCUGAAUCCAUCUAAAAAUGAAGUGGUCCACAUACAUUGUUUUGUAACUUGAGGGGAGAAAAAGAAGUGGGAAAAAUGCAAUGAUUAGUUACAGUUGAGGAGUCAGCUUUGAACUUUUAAAACUUUUUACCUCUGGGAAAGGCUUUUUCCACUGGGAUAAGAGAUCUGUCUCUCUUGGUGUUUUGAAUGGCCUUUCUUUAAAACUUAUGUUGUCAUACAAGUGGAGGACAAUAAGUGCUGAUUUAUAGCAGAGAUUCUAUAACAAUGGCUUUGACAUCUAUAUGGAAAGAUCAUUACAGUCAAUGCUACUACCUUAAAUGUAAUUGCAGUGACCAAGUCAGAGGCUGUUAUUUCUUGUGCUUUUAAAUUACUGUACAGAUUUACCCAUCUUUAUAAAGCUGGCUUUAUAUAUAUUUAGGAAUUUUAUUCAAUACAUAUUACACUCAACUUUCUAUGCCAGUAUAAGAACAUCUGAAGAUCCCAGCCAGUGCUGAGUGAUGAAACACUGGCAGAAAUCCUUACGGAAUCGACUUCACGCUCGGUAGCAGACGCAGGAUGUUACUGAUAUAGAUCUAUUUUUUACUUUCAUGUAGGAGCCUGUAGAAAAUGAAAUAGAUUGUAUUUUUUUUUCUCAGUAAGUUAAUGCUACUUUCAUUGUAUGCUAAUAUUGUCAUUAUUCUAUCAAUCUCUUUGAUUUUAGGGGUUAUCAGAGUUUGGUAAUAAAACA